AUGUCCGGGGUGACCGAGCCGCGAAGUCAUCCAUCUACAUACCCCCUUCUCUUCUCGUCCUCGUUCUCUCGUUCACGCGUUCUUUGCCCCGAAGCUCGUGCGUUGAUUGGAGUUUCGAGUCUUGCAAGCGCGUGUUUUGGGUAUAGUACACACAAAACAGGACACCUAGGAAGACGGAGGCAUGACAUGAAAAUCCGCCGGUAG